UAGUUUUGUUUAGCUGGAUGUACUAAUUUGUUUUCUUUUCUAAAUGAAGUUUUAAAUACGUUAUAUUUAUCUAUUUGGUUCCUUGUGAGACUACAAUCAUGUCUAUUUAGUAUAGUUUUUAGAUUUUUGGUCACCGUAAUCGGUUUGACACCAGAAGUAUGAGAUUGUCGUCGUGUACAUUAGCCUUGUAUAUUUAUUAGUGGUGCAUUGGUGUUGCGAAAUAGGAACAAUACACCCUAUAACCAUGGGUAUAAUGUACGAGAAGCGUCCUCUGAAGAGGCCAAGACUUGGUCCUCCCGAUGUGUACCCCCAAGAGCCCCGCCAAAAGGAAGACGAGCUAACAUCAACGAACGUUAAACAUGGGUUUUCCACAACACCGCAAUCUAGUGAUGAGUUUGGCACCGCAAGAAAUUUUAAUUAUUCAGCGUCCAAGAUUGGCCAAUUCUUCUCUAGCAUUCUUUCAAAAAAGGAAGAGCUAAACACCCUGCCUGAUUGUGGAAGGAAGAGGCAGCAGGUGAACCCUAAAGACAAUUUCUGGCCAGCCACUGCACGGACCAAGGCACAGAUUGAAGCUUGGUUCAAAGAUUUAGCAGGAAGCAAACCACUAUCCCAACUAGCAAAGAAAGCACCAAACUUUAAUAAGAAAGAAGAGAUAUUUAUAACUCUGAACGAGUACCAGGUGUCAAUGCCAAGAGCGGCUUGGUUCAUCAAACUUAGCUCUGCAUACACUGUUGCUGUUUCUGAAGCUAAAAUUAAGAAGAGGCAACUACCUGAUCCUACUACAGAAUGGACUACAACAUUGAUAAAGUUUCUAAAGGAUCAAAUACCAAAACUAGCUGAACAUUACCAAAGUGCAGUUCCAGGGAAUGUGUCUGACAAAACACCACCUUCGCAAUCUGGUCAAGGUACACCUAGCCACAAUUCAUCUGGCAACCCACCGGGGAGUUCCACUCCAAAUUCCACUGUUCCCAACUCUAUGCACUCUCCAGGAAAUUCCAGUACACUUGGUUCCUUAACUCCUGGUGGGAGUGAGAGCACAGACUGGCGUCAAGCGCUGAAGCUUUGGAACUACUGCACCAGGCUCGCCAAGUAUCUGCUGGAUGAAGGUCUACUUGACAGACAUGACUUCCUCACGUGGAUUAUUGAGCUGCUAGAUAAGAGGGCACCUGAUGAUGGACUGCUGAGGUUGUUCCUACCACUGGCGCUUCAACAUAUGGCCGAGUUCACAUGCUGUGAGAGCCUGUCACGCCGCCUCGCUACUUCUUGCGCUAAGAAGGCUGCUGCCAUAUGCUCUGUACUUUCUGACACCACUUUGAGGACCUUAAACCAGCCUGCUGUGUUUACUAAAACUGUUGAGAGGAGUACAGAACAAAAUGGCGCCCCAAUGUCACCUGCGCCCAAUGAUGCCAACGCUGAUGUCAAACCAAACAUAACCCAGAUCAAACGGGAGCCUACUCCCGUUGAAAACCAGGGCACUCCUAACCCCAACCAUUCAUUGGGUACUCCAAACCCUAACCACUCUUUGGGGACUCCUAACCCGAACCACUCGAUGGGGACUCCAAAUCCCCCGCAGCCGAUGGAUGUCCAAGUGAAGGAAGAAAGGGCUUCCCCAGCUAGAGAUACGAAGACUACAUUGACAACUGUGGUGGCUGCUGCCAUGAACCCUGUGCAAGUUGGGUUUGGGGAGAUACUCAACUGUGCUUACCAUAGAGAUGUUAUUAUACAGCUGGCUACGAUUCUACAGAUAAUUUGCAUCGAAUGUCCUACGGCGAUGGUGUGGUCGGGCUGUGGCUCGUCUCUGCAAGGAUCGCCGCUAGAUCUGUUGCCACUGCCGCCCUCAGCGUUACCUAUGCCUCAUAUGGAUACUGCUAUCACGGAGGAGCAUAGGAAAUUGGUAUACGAAGCUGAACAAGAAAUCUCGGCUAGAAGUAAAAAGGCCGAAAGUAAAUGGUGUACUGACAAAUGGCAGACCAGCUCUCAAGCGCGAGUGUUAGCAGUGCUUGAAGCAUUAGAUCGGCACUGCUUCGAUAGAGUGGACCCUAAUAAUAAUUUAGACACGCUGUAUAAAGAAGUGUUUGCCAACUGCCCGCCGCCUUCUAAGGAUAAUAGUGACACCAAAGACCCGGAGUGGGCAUGUCCAUACUCCGUGGUGCGGGUGGUAUGCGAGUGGGCAGUAUGCGGCGCGCGCUGGGGCGAGCACCGCGCGCAGGCGGCCGCCGCGCUGCUCGACCGCCGCCAGCACCACACCACGCACCACCACCAUGAUCACCACGCCACAGGGUCGGAUGACAAAGAAUCCGUGAGCUCGGGUACUGGGCUGUACAACGGACCGCCCAUAUUCCAGAAUCUUCUACUGCGCUUCCUUGACAAUGACGCACCAGUGUUAGACGAGAGCCCGAACGCUCCGCCGGGCAACAGACAGCAGUUCGCGAACUUAGUGCACUUGUUCGGCGAACUGAUACGACGCGACGUGUUCUCGCACGACGCUUACAUGUGCACGCUCAUUUCUAGAGGUGAUUUAAUAUCGCCUACGGAGCCAACAUCUACGGGCGGCGGGUCGCACACGGUGGCUCCCCCCGCCAACAGCACCGGCACCAAUCACAAUAUGGACGACGAUAUCUUCGCUGGCAUCGACCUAAAGCCUAAGAUGGAGGAGAACGUUCGUAUGGAUUUAGACGACUCUAAGAUAGACGAUGACUUGGACAAACUACUUCAGCAUAUCAAAGAAGAUCAACAAAAUUCUAUGGACGCGCCUGAUAGCCCGAAAGACCCUGGUGAACCUUCGCAUAGUGUAAACUCGCCAAUGAUGGGGCCUAGCGGUAUGAGUAUCCCGGGCAUACCGUCAAUGAGCAUGGGACCAAUGUCUGUUCCUGGCAUCCGUACCACCAGUUCAGGGCCAUCCAGUGGUUGCGGCGUCACCCAAGGCACGGUGUCCCGUCACUACCACUACACGCUGCACUUCCCACUACCGCCCGCCGAGCCGGAACACACACCGCAUGAUGCCAACCAGAGACAUAUACUGCUGUACGGGGUGGGACGUGCCAGGGAUGAUGCUAGGCAUGUUGUUAAGAAGAUGACUAAAGAAAUCUGUAAAUUAUUCUCCAAGAAGUUUUCAAUUGACGUGGCUGAAGGCGGAAAGAUUAAGAAGCAUUCGCGCAACGAAUUUAAUUUUGAAGCUGUUACACAGAAGUUUCAGGCGAUGUCAAUGUACGAGCAAGGUGCAGUCUCCUGGGCGGUCGGCAGUGCUGUGUGCGAAGCCCUGGCGGCGUACGCGGGCGGCGCCACCACCUACCUGCCGCAGCCCGAGCACGUGGCCUUCGCGCUAGAUCUCAUGGAGAUCGCGCUGAACGUGCACGGACUUAUUGAGACUUGUAUACAGAUUCUCAAAGAGCUAUCAGAGGUGGAAAGUGCACUCAUAGCCCGCGGUGCACCGAGCAGUGGUCUAGCGGCACCUCGUGCAUACACAUCGGCGCUUGCGCUUUACACGGUCGGCGCGCUUAGGAAAUACCACUCAUCUUUAUUGUUAUGCGUAGAACAAACAUCAGCAGUCUUCGAGCAACUAUGCCGGCUAGUCAAAUGCGUGGUGAACCCUGGCGACUGCGGGUCUGCAGAGCGCUGCGUAUUAGCACAGUUACAUGACCUGUAUAAGGCAGCAGCUCAUCUCUGUCAUGCGCCCCACGCUGAUACGUUUGCUAAUGCAUACCCUAAGAUCAAACAAGCGCUGUACUCGCCUCUUCAGCCAACACCAUCCAACUAUCCUUACAAUCCACAGUUUUUAAGCGAAUUCUUCACUAAUCCUAGAAAAGGUAAAAUAGAAAUAGCGUGGGCGCGGCAAGUGGCUGAAUCGCCCGCUAAUAGGUACAGCUUUGUCUGCUCUGCAAUGCUGGCCGUGUGUCGGGAGGUAGACAAUGAUCGUGUAAACGAGUUAGGGGUGGUAUGCGCGGAGAUGACGGCGUGGUGCAGCGGGCUGGCGGCGGAGUGGCUGGGCGCGCUGGUGGCGCUGUGCGGCGCGCAGCACUACCCCGCGGCCGCGCCGCACGCCGCGCCGCCGCCGCUCUACCCCGACCUGCUGCUGCACCGCGACCUGCACGACCAGGCCGCCCACGACGCGCUCGCUGUCUUCACUUGUAUACUCGUCGCGCGUCACUGCUUCUCCCUCGAAGACUUCGUGCGUCACGCGGCGCUGCCUUCGCUCCUCAAGGCCUGUGGAGGCGGCGGCAGUUCAGGCAACGCUCCCAACGCGCCCUCACCCGACACGGGUGCGAGGCUCACCUGUCAUCUUCUACUGAGGCUGUUCAAAACUGUGGAUACUCCACAACCUGGUUUAUACUCCGUAUCCACAUCACCGGGCCCGGGCGGUGCGGCGGCUGGUGUAAGACUGUCGUGCGAUAGGCACUUGUUGGCCGCUGCGCAUAAGAACAUCGGUGUAGGACCUGUACUCGCCACGCUGAAAGCUAUACUCAUGGUGGGCGACUCAACUGCCCGUGAUGGAGGCAAGCCCGGCGGCAAGAAGUCCUGCGAACUGUCGCAUAUUCUAGGCACUAGUGACACAGUGCCUACCGACGCUCAACUGGACCUUAUGUCGAUGGUAGAUUCAGAGAUGAGUGGGGGCCAUAGAACUCCUAGGGGUAGCGGAGGUGUGGGGUCUACACUCCUCGACUCUUCGCAAUCGCUCUCGUCUUUAGCACGAAGGGUUCUAGCAGAGAUUUGCUCAGAAGAAUGGGUGCUGCAGAAAUGUCUGCAGAACCCUGAUGAGUUGUACCAGCCCGAUAUGCUGUUGGAUCCGAUGCUGACUUCAAGACAGGCGCAAAGAUUACUCCACAUGAUCUGCUAUCCUGAAUCAGCGAGUCACACCCAUCCCGAUCUCGAUCAGAAGACAAUGAUCACACGACUUCUUGAGAACCUAGAGCAGUGGUCGCUGCGCAUGUCGUGGCUGGACCUGCAGCUGAUGUUCAAGCAGUUCCCGAGCGGCUCGUCGGAGCUGAGCGCGUGGCUCGACACCGUGGCCCGCGCUGUCAUCAACGUCUUCCAGCAGCCCGCGCCGCCGCCGCCAGAUAAAGACAGAACUGGCACGGACCGCGGCGUGGUGAGCACGAGCAAGUGGUCGGAGUCGGUGUGGCUGGUGGCGCCGCUCGUGGCCAAGCUGCCGGCCGCCGUGCAGGGACGGGUGCUCAAGCAGGCGGGACAGAUAUUAGAAAGCGGUUGGGGCGCGGGCUGCAGCGGCAACUGUUCAAGCGGCGGCGGCGGAGGCGGCAGCUCGCAUCGCGACUGCAAGAGUCAUCAGAGCCCCAGUUAUAAAGGGUCCGCAGGCGGCGGCAGUGGGGGUAAGCGCGGCGUGAGCGGCGGCGGCUGCAGCGGCGGCUGCGCGUGCGGCGGCGGCAGCGCCGUGCGACUCGCCAACGAACCGUUACUGUCGCUCGUACUCACGUGUUUGAGGCAUCAGGAUGAUCAGAAGGAGAGCUUACUAAGCUCAAUCCACACCCAACUAGUCCACUAUCUCACUCACGCACGUGAACACGAGCGGGCGGCGUGCGGCGACGGCUGGCAGGACGACGCCGCGCCCGACGCCUUGCUGCUGCGCUUCUCUCUGGCCGGCGGCAUGUUCGACGCCAUCCGACGCUCCUACCAGCUCACGGCCGACUGGGCCGUGCUGCUCACACAGCUCGUGGCGCAUCAGCUCAUCGACGCCUAUAAUAAUAGUUUGUGUCGCAGCAACCUGUUCACGACUGUCAUCGACAUGCUUGCCACCCUGAUCCACUCGACCCUCGCUGACGGAGGUGACGACAACAAUAGGAAACAUUACCAGAACCUCAUGAAGAAGUUGAAGAAGGAGAUUGGGGAUCGACACGGGCCGUCCGUCCAGUGUGUGCGACAACUACUGCCUUUGUCUAAGAAUACUAUUAUAGAGGUCAUCGCCUGUGAACCCAUCGGAUGUCUAGUGGAUCAAAAAGGAAACAAAAUAACCGGUUUUGACAGUGACAAGAAACAGGGUCUGCGUCUGACGGACAAGCAGCGCGUGUCGAGCUGGGAGCUGGUGGAGGGCGGGCGCAACCCCGCGCCGCUGUCGUGGGCGUGGUUCGCCGCCACCAAGAUCGAGAGGAAACCGCUCACUUAUGAGAACGCACAUAGAUUACUGAAAUACCACACACAUAGCCUGGUGAAGCCACUCAGUUAUUUUCUAGAACCACUGCCUUUGCCGCCUGAGGAUCUUGAAACUAAUGACAGUAAACAGGACAAUGGCAGUUUAGAUUCAAGCCCGACCGGUGCGGGUAAAACGCGAUCACGCAACGCUCCCUGCAAGAAUAUCAAAAAAUCUAAGCCGACUACACCGACAAACGGAGUUGCGGCACCGGGCGGCGUUGGCACGGCCGGCUUGCCUCCACAGCAACCACAACAACCACAGUUCAUGCAGCAGCAACAAUGGUUCCCGCCACCUGGACAGAACUACUACAAUCCACCAGCGGGUGUGAGUCCCCGCAGCGUGUCUGCGGCGCCGCCGUCCAACAACCAGUCGAAGCAGGCGCUCAGCAACAUGCUGCGACAGCGAGUGCCCUUCAACCAGAUGACGCAGAUGCAGGUCAAUCAAAGUGGCGGCUACCCCGGCGCGCCGCACAGUCGCGCGCCGUUCCCCCGACAGACAAUGCGGCAGAUGCAGCCCAACCAGAUGGGAGCCAUGCAGUCCGCCCAAAUGAACCCAAUGGGGGGAAUGGGCGGUAUGGGUCCAAUGGGCCAGAUGGGCGGUGUACAAAUGGCGGGCCAGAUGGGCGGCGGUCAGAUGGCAGCCACACAAAUGGGAGCAGGACAGAUGAGUGCUGGACAGAUGGCUGGCGGGCAGAUGGCCGGCAUGGGCGGACAGAUGUUCGGCGGACAGUAUGCAGGCAUGCAGCAGGGGUACGGAGGAUAUGGACAGCAGAUGAUGCAGGGCGGACAGCAGCAGAUGAUGAACCAGGGAAUGGGCCAGGGUGUCAACCAAAUGGGCCAACAAGUGAACCCUAUGAGCCAAGGCGUGAACUCCAUCGGGCAGAACGUCGGUCAAAUGAACCAGGGCGUCGGGCAGCCGACACAGAUGCCUCAAUCUAUGGGUCAGAUGAAUCAAGGUAUGGGCCAGAUGGGCCAGCCUAUGGGUCAAAUGGGCCAGAUGGGGCAGGGUGGCGGCAUGUCCGCUAUGAACAGCCAAGCCGCCUCUAUGGGACCUCAGGGUGGUAAUUCCAUGGGUGGAUUCCCUGGACAACAGACAUUCCAGCAGAACAUGAUGGGCGGUCGAGCGAGCCAAGAAGCAUAUCUAGCGCAACAGAGACAAAAUGCUCGACCAUCAUACAUGCAGCAAGCGCCAAACGUGACAAUGGGCGGCAUGGGCGGCCCGGCGCCUCCCUACCCUCGCGGCAUGCAGAACCAGCAGAGCUCGCAGUACCAGCAGCAGAUGAACCAGCAGCGCAUGCGCCAACAGAUGCUCGCCAUGCAGCAGCAGCAGCAAGGACCUCUAGUGCAGCAUCUGCAGCGGCAGCAGUACCAACCACCGUACUAAAGUUAACUUUCCAUUACGUUAUGCGUACCAAAUUGACUGUGUCACAAUAUGCUGUAAAGGGUCGUCCAUUAAUCACGUGAUGUAUUUAGCAUUUUUUUUUUUCAUUUUCCUCUGGUUUUAGAUGAUGAUUUCUUUUAUCUGUCUAUCUGUCGCGCUUUUACCUCAAAACUGAACCGAUUUGAAGUUUUUGCCCGUGUCAAUGGACUCACGUGAUUAAUAGACCGUCCCCAGCUUCCUCCGUACAAAUAUGAUAUGAAAGCUACUUGAAUAUACAUAUGUAUAUUGAGUAUCUAUAAACAAAGCAGCGUUCGCUGGUAAAUACCAAAACAAAUAUUAUCCACCUAAAUAAUGGACCAAAUGCAGAGAUACUUGCCGAUACACAUUGACCAAAGUCCCAAGUGUUCAUUUUGUCUAAAGAUUGAAAUAAUAAGUCAAUAGUAAACCAAUCUGGUUUACAAGUAUUGCUGUUAUACCUUCGUGAAUGUCAUACGCCGUCCACAAAUCAAAACAAGGGCACUAGAGCUACAUUAUAGUAGCCUAGACAAUACCACAGUUUAAAUAAAUUCUCUUGUAAACAGUUGUGAAGCUACGUACUAAGGUUCAGAACAAUGUCACUACCGCAUGACAGUCGAUAUAGACAGCACCGGUAGCGCCGAUAAAAAUUCGUCCAAGCUCAUGCGUGUGUGAGUGACAUUUUUACGAAAGUUAGUAGGUAUCUUCACAACUGUACAUCUUUAUUCUGUGACAAUACUAUGAUUGUAUAUUUGAAAUAUAUACCUUAUUUGACACAAAUGAACUAAUCAUAAUUUAAUAAAUAUACAAAUCUUGAAAAAUACGAUUAUUGGAAAAGGAAGUCAAAUUAGAAAUUAUAUUUUUACAUGAGGUAAAGUUGAAAUCCAUUUUUCGUUUCUUUUUUUUUUUAGAAAAUCUAUAAUGUAGUCCUAGUUUAUAUGAAACUUAUUUUCAUAGACGAACACGAAUGUGCGAUGAAAAAAGUUUUUGGUAAUAUUUUAGACAAAACUUUUGUUGCAAAUAUUGCAAUAUUUUUGGCAUUGGACAAUUGCAUUAUUACCUAUAAUCAAAAUGUAGAGAAAUUACGAUUGUAUUUAUUUUUUUAUCCGUAGAAUGAUCUUAUGUUGUGAGUUUGUUUUGAAUCUGCUGUCAUAAAUCGAGUCUUGAAUGCUUUGCCUCAUUGACCGUAAAUGUUCAAGCAGGUUGGCGUUAUUUUCUAGUACAAUUUGUAAACUCACAAUCACCAUAAAUGUUAAUUGUAAAUAGUUGUCGUUUAUGUUUAUUAUAAGGACAAUUUAGAUGA